GACAAUGGAGGUUUAUGAUGACGGUAUUUCUUGUGAACUUCAAAAUAUCCUUGUCUCAAACGAACCCAUCAUUAUGUGUCCACCAUCAUACUUUUACAUUGUUGUUUCUAUUUGAAGAUCAUUUGGAGAGAGACUUUUCAUUUUGAUUUCAAUAAUUUUUUUAUAGUUUGACUUCACUAAUUUUUUUUAUUUUGAUAUCGAGUUUAAAAUUUUUUGAAUCUAACAUUUUGGCCUUUACUUAAAUUUAACCAAUUGAUGUCGGGUCGGUUCUUAUAGAAUACUAACUCACGUUAUGUUUUCCUGCAAUAUUUUUUCCUAUUUUCCCCUGUGUUUGUUCUAUAUGGAAUUUGUGUGUUAAAUAUAUCACAUAUUACUGUUAUGUUAUACCCUCUGUCAUAAGAAAUUCUUUAAAAAGGAAAAAUAUAAGGUUUGUACUGAGCAAUUACUCAAAUACAAUAUUACUUCCAAGAUUACAAAAUUUCGUUGUCGUAAUGAAAGUAUAAACAUCUUUUUUAAAAGUUUGAAAAUUUUACCCUCCAAUGGAUAAAGUUAUCCAAGCUUUUUGCAACCAGCGCCUGGUUUGCUACGACUUUUACGAUUUACAAGGAAUUUGGUUGUAUUGGUAUGUUUUAUGUCCAAGUAAACAAUCAUUUUUCAUUGUGACAACUUUAGGCCAGUUUAAUGAGAUUUCAUGGUUGUAAACUUACGUCGAUGGUAUUUUUCUCCGUGAUGAAAGAGUUUCUAGUCUCUAGGAUGUACAAAAGUUUCUUCAUCUUAUUUUCUAAAUUACAAUGAAAAAUGCAAGGUGAGAGUGCCUAUUUGCAAAUCAUUGCAACGAGUUGCUUGAGCCAUCUUGUGUUAACCAAGCUGCCCUCUCGGCUGGCAUUACAUGUAAAGUAUAAAGAUAAUGCAGAAAUAUAGAUCCUAUAGGAUUAUCUUUGGCAAAAAAGCAAAAAUACAAAGUGUAGGCUGGCAGAAUGAUUGUUUACAUAGACACUGAUAUACUAACCAUGCAUGAUUAUGUAAUACCUUCGUACAUUUGGUAUGCAUGAUAAGUUGCAAUGAUUUUAAUAUUUGCAGCUGAGACUGUAACGACAGACAGAAUAAUAUAACUCAUAACAGUCGUUCUGUAAUGAUGUUCUUUGUAAAAAUAUCUCAGGUUCUUUUGCUUUGUCUUCUCAUUAUAUGCUGUUGUGGUGAGCAUAACGAGUACAGCUCACGCUAUGCUUACAAUUUAUCAUCUUUGAUGUUUAAUGGACUAAGCGAGAAAUGUAACAGAACAUUGGAAAAUAUGAGUGCAGAUACAAGAUUGCGAUAUCUCGACAGUUGGGGCAAACCUGGAGCAGGUAUUUUGAGCGGCAACGUGAAAUAGUUUGGGGCGUUUGAUCAAUGCAUCGCUAUCUCGGGUGGAAAAUAUUGCCUCGUUACUAUGCUUGGAAAUAUUACGAACAAGACGAUUCCAAUAUGGUACGGAAUUUGUCUACCUAAUGUUUGUGUCAACGCUGAUUCUUCCAUUGUCGUUCAAAACUUCCUCAAUAACAUUGGCAGUCAAUUUUUUCCGACCGUUAAAGUUAUCGAUCUAAACUGCUAUAAAGAACCGAAGUACACUUGGUCAGUGAUAUUGACAAUAAUACUGUGCGGUAUUAUUUUGUCAUGUUGUUUAAUUGGGACCUGUAUAGAUGUAUAUAAAGAGACAAUACAAACAAACUGUGUGGAGUAUAUGUAUUUGGGUAAAGAGUAUAGUGUGAUUAAACCACAAGAAAUUCAUUUCCCAGCUGAAACUACACCUUUGGUCUCUAAAAAAAAUGGCAUGACGGGUUAUCGUAAUGGUGGGUUGGACUAUCAUAAUGCGUUUAAAGAGAGUUUUAAAUUGGAAACAAGUGAAAAACAAAGUGAAAUCCCAAAGAACAAAAGCUCAAAUGAUAAAAAUGAUUUCAUCGUUGAUAUAUUUCUUUGCUUCUCGCUGUUACGAAAUUCUCGAAAUAUUAUGAAAACCGAUGCAGCUGCUGAUAAUUUACUCUCAUUGAAUGGCAUAAGAGUUAUAACGAUACUUUGGAUCAUACUUGAUCAUACCUAUGGUGUUGCGCGCUAUCCACAAGGAAUCCUUGAGAACUUGUUGGAUUUUUAUGACGAGACUAGAAAGUUUACAGAAAUGAUAAUCGUAAAUUCGUUUGUUACUGUCGAUACGUUUUUCUUUCUUUCCGGUUUCUUGGUCAUGUAUAAAGUCAUGAAAAUUUUGGAGCAAAAUAACGGCGUCUUUCAAUGGAGUAUGUUGUAUGUUCAUCGAUUUUUCAGGCUGACGCCUGCGAUGAUGUUUGUUAUACUGUUUAAUUUAAAGUUAAAACCGUUCGUUAGUAAAGGUCCUCUUUGGGAGCAACAUCUGAAAGAAGAUGAGGGAUGUCGUAAAUAUUGGUGGACAAAUCUUUUGUAUUUGAAUAACUUUUAUCCCUCAGAUAUAACACGAGCGUGUAAUGGUGUUUUGUGGUAUCUUGCUGUGGAUAUGCAAUUUUUUAUUAUAGCGCCUUUCAUCAUUUGUUUCUUUUACCGAUAUGGUUAUCGUGCAGUGGUUGCAACCUCCUUAGUUCUUGGUGGUGGCUCGAUUGUUUACAUUGCUGUCAUGACAGAACAUUACAAUCUUCAUCCAUUAACUUUGGUUUUAAGACAUGUUACUUUGAAAAAGUUCAUUGAAUAUUUUAAUUAUUUGUAUGUCAAACCAUAUGCUCGAUUUCCUCCAUGUUUGGUUGGUCUUGUAUUUGGUUAUCUUUGGCGAAAAGGAGCGCUGAGAAAAAAUCAAUUAAAUUGGACUAAAGCUUCGUUACUUUGGUUCUUAUCAACUGCAGUCGCAUUGUCUUUAAUAUACGGACCUUACACGGCAAUCAAGAAAGACCCCAGGCCGUGGACGAUGUUUGAAAAAAUUUUCUACGCUUCUACAUACCAUCUUGUGUGGGCGUUUGUGUUGUCCUGGGUUGUCUAUGCUUGCGAAUUUGGCUACGGAGGUUAUGUUAAGGACUUUCUGUCUGCAAGUUUCUGGAUUCCUCUUGGUCGUCUGACGUAUUCAACAUAUUUAGUACAUCGUUUAGUGCUUAAAGUUAUGAUGUAUGGUUCAAGAACUGGACUCGUUUUCACAACACAGUGGUGGGCGUACAUCUACUGUGGUACCGUACUUUUAUCACAUGCCCUUGCAUUCUUAUUGGCUAUCACCAUCGAAUAUCCUGUUUUCAAUCUCGAGAAACUUGUUUUUGGCGGUCGUAGAGGGAAGGCAACUUAGACUUAAAGAAAACCUUUGAUGACAAUGAAGGUUUACGAUGACGGUAUUUCUUGUGAACUUCAAAAUAUCCUUGUCUCAAACGAACCCAUCAUUAUGUGUCCACCAUCAUACUUACAUUGUUGUUUCUACUUGAAGAUCAUUUGGAGAAAGACUUUUCAUUUUGAUUUCAAUAUUUUUUUUUAUUUUGAUUUUUAGUGUAAGAUUUUGAAUCUAAAUUUUUGACCUAUAAGUUUAUGCAAUACUUACUCACGUUAUGUUUUCUUGAAAAAUUGUUUGCUCAUUCCCCCCAGUAUUUGUUCUACAUAGAAUUCGCGCAUUUUUAAAUACAUCAAAUAUUACUGUUACGCUA